AUGUGGUUGGUGAACAAAGCCGAGGCCCUGCAAGAUUUCAACGCUACGUACAGCGCAAUGGAGGAUACGCUUGGCCGAGUAUACGCCGCACUGGGUAAUCACGACACCGCUCCAUUGACACUCUUCCAAUACAGCCAGCUUCCCAGCGAAUAUCAUCUCCAAUGGGCCUACGACGCUCUAACUUCAGAUUGGCUCGCUCUAACCGGGAUCCCAUCCGUCGAGACCGCAAACCAUUACGGCUCAUAUUCAGCCAUUCACCCAAAUAGCAAUCUACGCAUAAUCUCUUAA